AUGGCUGCUAGAACACCUCUAUCUCAUGACGACUACACGGUCGGAUGGAUAUGCGCUUUGCCACUAGAGAUGGCGGCUGCGAAGUUGAUGUUGGAUGCAAUACAUCCAGGUUUACCCCUCCCGUUGACAGAUCAGAAUACGUACAUUCUUGGGAAUAUCAGGGAACACAAUGUUGUUAUUGCUUGUUUACCAAGUGGAGCAUAUGGCACUAUCUCAGCUGCGACAGUGGCGAUGCAGCUGCUGUCCAGCUUCCCCUCCAUCCGCUUUGGUCUAAUGGUUGGGAUCGGCGGAGGAGUACCAAGCAGCCGUGCAGAUAUUCGAUUGGGUGAUAUUGUUGUGAGCCAACCAACGGACACAUCUGGAGGUGUAACACAAUAUGAUCUUGGCAAAGCGUUAAGUGGCGGUCAAUUUCAGCGGACAGGGAUGUUAAACCGGCCGCCGAAGAUUUUGCUAACUGCACUCUCUACACUCCAAGCGCAGCACCUCUCAGGUGUUAGCCGGGUUCUUGAAUUCAUUUCUGAUAUCCAAGUCAAAGCGCCUUCCACAGCUGCAAAGUUUGCCCGACCAAACCAAGAGGACUGUUUAUACCAAGCAGAAUAUGAACACGGGGCAUCAAAUACAUGUGUCAAUUGCGAUCGAUCCAAACUCAUUCCACGACCGUCACGAGGUCAUGAGGGACCAGUUAUCCACUACGGAUUGAUUGCAUCUGCGAAUCAAGUGGUGAAAGACAGCAAACGUCGAGAUCAGCUUGCACAUGACUUCGGGGUGUACUGUGUGGAGAUGGAAGCUGCGGGCCUCAUGAAUGACUUCCCAUGCCUGGUCAUUCGGGGCAUCUGCGAUUAUGCUGACUCCCACAAGAACAAGGAAUGGCAAGGAUAUGCGGCGGCAGUGGCAGCGGCCUAUGCAAAAGACCUUCUUUUGGUGGUUCCAACCAAUCAGAUUUAUAGAACCCCAACAGCACGAGAAACUUGGACACAUGCUGGUGAGACUCUCUGA